AUUCUCUCAAGAGCUGAUACCUCUCAAAUAUAUUGAUGAGCUGGAAAUCUCAUUACUUAUCACAGCUGUUCCAUCGAAAACCUAUACAAAAAUAAAACCAAUUCGUUCAAGAAAAGUAUCCGUCAUGGGUUCGGCUCAGGAGCAACUCCGUACUUGGUGGAAGGAAAGCUCGGUUUACCAAAUAUAUCCGGCAUCCUUCCAAGACACCACAGGCUCUGGAACCGGUGAUCUCAAGGGCAUUAUUUCACGCGUAGACUAUCUUCAUGGCCUCGGUGUCGAUAUCGUGUGGCUGUCGCCCAUCUUCCCGAGCCCCCAGAUAGACAUGGGAUAUGACAUCAGCGACUACAAAUCCAUAGACCCCAUCUAUGGAAACAUUGGCCAUGUCGACGAGCUCAAGGACAAGCUCCAUGAGCGUGGCAUGAAACUGGUCUUGGACCUGGUUGUGAAUCAUACCAGCGAUCAGCAUGAAUGGUUCAAAGAAUCAAGAAAGUCAAAGACCAAUCCGUUCAGAGACUGGUACAUCUGGCGACCGCCAAAGUAUGAUGCACAGGGUAACCGACAGCCCCCAAACAACUGGGAAAGCCACUUUCAAGGUAGCGCUUGGGAGUAUGAUCAGGCAACGGACGAGUACUACCUGCGCCUCUUCUGCAAAGAGCAGCCGGAUCUCAACUGGGAGAAUCCGGCAGUGCGCGAAGCGGUCCACGACAUCAUGCGCUUCUGGCUUGGUCGAGGCAUAGACGGUUUCCGCAUGGACGUCAUCAAUUUUAUCAGCAAAGACCAACGUUUCCCAGACUCGGACAAACCGGUCAUGAAGGGUUAUGAGUACUACGCAUGCGGGCCGAGAUGCCACGAGUUCUUGAAAGAUCUGGGCGCCAUUCUCAAAGAGUAUGACGCGUUCAACGUGGGCGAAAUGCCCUGCGUGGACGACGAGAACGAAAUCAUCAAGGCUGUUGGUGCUGACCGUGGCGAGCUUAGCAUGAUUUUCUACUUUGAGCACAUGGCUCUCGACUACGGCCCCAAGGGCAAGUUCUCCCCCGGCACAUGGACCCUCGCAAACCUGAAGACUGUGGUCAACAAAUGGCAGAGAUUCAUGUACGAAAACAACGGCUGGAACGCCCUCUACCUCGAAAACCAUGAUCAGCCUCGGAUCGUCAGCCGUUUUGCAUAUGAUGAACCUGAGCACCGCGUGGCCAGCGCAAAACUCAUUGCUGUGUUCCAUGCUUUCCAAGCUGGCACACCGUUUAUAUACCAGGGACAAGAGAUUGGCAUGACCAAUGUUCCUAAAGAGUGGCCUAUUGAGGAGUACAAAGAUGUUGAUUGUGUCAACCACUGGAACUCAUACAAAGACAGCCCUGAUGAAGAUCUCAAACGGCUAGUCAAAGCAGAAUACCAAAAGAAAUCUCGCGACAACGCCCGCACGCCCAUGCAGUGGGACGCCACCCCCCAAGCCGGCUUCACCACCAGCGACAAGCCCUGGAUGCGCGUCAACGACAACUACACAGAAGUCAACGCCGCCUCGCAAAUAGACAGACGUCGAUCCGUGUAUCACACCUAUCGACUAGUCCUGGAGAAACGCAAGCAGUACAAGGACAUCUUUGUCUACGGCAGCUUCGAGCUCAUCGAUGAGCCGAACGACAAGAUAUUUGCGUAUAAGAGGAGAGCAACCAGCGGGGAGUCUGCACUGAUUGUGUGCAACUUUUCAUUGGAUACUGUGAAGUGGAAGAUGGAUGACGGGCCGAAAGAAGUGCUUUUUACUACUAGUGAUAGAGAGUUGAGCCAGGUGAGCGGUGGUGAACUUUCGCUGGCUCCAUGUGAAGCAAUCGCUCUGCUUCUCUGAGUGUUUCUUAUUGAGAUGCCUUUGUCAUAGAGUACAAGAUGAUGGUUGAUUAAGUGUUGAUAAACUAUAUGAGGUUAUAAAUAGCUGCAAAACCCUGUGCUCUGUUAGAUGAUACCGUAUUAAAGAAAUACUGGCAUGCAGUUCAAAACGUGGCUGAUAUUGGUAUCGCGGCUCACCAGUUCCCCGCACCAUUAUCCGAAUCCGGGGAGCGCUGUGUACAUGAAACCCCGAAGCUUAUAUUGGUACGAAGUCGUUUGAUCAUUUUGGCUUUGUCAAAGUUCUGUUAGCGACCGGCAGCGUGUAUCGAGGCUCGACUUCUUCGCUCUGUUGCUAUCACUGAUCAUCAUAAUGAGUAAUUAUGAUUCACAUCACCCAGCUAUCAAAGUUUUGAACAGUAAUUUCUCUACUGCUAAAUCUAUGGACCACCAUUUCCAACGGUGCUGGGCUCAGCAAUCUUGUGGGGGAUGCUUGGAUAGCCUCGGCUGCAGUUGGUGCCCUUAUGUGAGCCUCGUCUUUUGCAAACGAAUGGAUCCCCUUUAUGCAUUUCCUCUCUCGCUCCGGUCCUACGCCGAGCAUAAUUGGCUUUUGUUUGUUCCGGGGAGGUGUACUGACUGUUGCCUGCAUAGACCUGGUCAUGCGUUCCAAAUGACCAUGCAAUUCCAUUUCUCGCGCCGGCCUUUGAUGAUGAGAUUUGUCCACAUCCUGAUGAGAGAUGGGAAGUGAGGACGAGGCCUCUCGGAUGCCAAAUUUCGUCGAGGAUGGGGUUGACAG